UAAUAAAAACACAUUCUCUCUGUUAUGUGAAGGGAAACCUCCCUAUAAAAGCUCCUCCUGGCCGAUAAGUAGAUGACAAACAGAAACUCAACGCGGAACUGAGCUGUCAGCUGCCAUGAACCCACAGCGCCUCUCCUCUCUGCUGCUCUGUGUCGUGUUUACCAUUACUACAGCUGCCACUCACACUUCCGUGCUGGAUCAUGUGACUGUGAUGUCAUCAUCGGGGGAGGGUCUUCAGAGCGCAGUGGGGGAAGAUUUAGAGUCUGACGAUGAUCAGGAUCCAUCCGGAAUGUUCAUCGAGCCACCUUUUUUUAAAGUAACCCAAGCCAGUAAAGGAGACGAGCAGAACCACAAGCGCUCCGGACGCAAGAAGAACAAAGGAAGAAAAAGGAAUAAAAACAUCACUCCUGUUCAGCCCAACCACACGUCCAGUCACCGGAGCCGCAGCACCACCGCUGACCCCUGCCUGACCUCUCAUGUAGAUUACUGCAUCCACGGCCACUGCACAUACCUGCACGGCCUGAGCGAACCCGUGUGUGUGUGUAGACGAGGUUAUGAUGGUGAGCGCUGUGGCAUCCAGCUUCUGGAGACGUCUCGAGAUGAGAGCAGCACUGAAACCACACACGCCGCCCUCGUCAUCAUGGCUGUCGUGCUGUCAGUCAUCAGCUGCUUAGCCAUCCUCAUCAUGGUCUGCGUCCACUAUAGAACACAUCAUCGCUUCCAGGCGGCUUUCCUGAGCUCUUCUAACGAGAGAGAGAAACUAGAGAAGAAGAAUAUUAUGGUGUGAAAGGAGAAUGUAAGACUGUGUGUUUUAUUUAUAGGUCUCUAAAUGUACACAAAAUAGUCUUUUAGUGCGAGAUUUGCCCAUGCAGUGGUGUGUCAACACUUGGCUAUCGAAGUCUCGUGGUUCGAUUGUGAACGCUACUAUCUGAGGUGCUGUUUACACUAAUGCGUUGAUGUUUUUAUUGUGUUUCAGAAAAAUGAUCUCUGUCCACACUAUACAGCCUAAAAUGCAUGAUAUGUGGCCAUUUAUGCUUACUGGGCAUGUGCAUAUUUUGCUGGUGUCUGUGCUUGCAGUCCACCACUUGUGUAAUUUUUGUAUGAGAAUGGCUUGAUGAAUCAGGGAAUGAUACACAAUUGUUUAAAAUGCCACUCAGAGAGGACUGUGGAUAACCAUGCCUCUGAUUUCAAAGGUUUUUCUUUCAGUAAAUCUAUUCUGAUACACCAGCAUUUGUGAAUUAAGACCAUGUCCACACUAAAGGCUGAUUUAUACUUCUGCGUUAAGCUCAUGCAUAUGGUCUGGUGCAGCCUUCGUCCAGUUGCAUCGCUGUGGCUGAUGCUGUUGUGCACCUCUCAAAAUUUGUAGCUACAUGGCGCAUCGACGUGUUGCGCAAGCUCUGUGAUGGGUCUGCUUGGUAGCUGUGUGAUGAGUGUGGGCGGUGCUAAGAACCGUGAGCCCGAUGGAGUGAGUGUUUACACGUGUCGGGUCCUGUGAAGUAGAGGUCUGCCGACCAGAUUUCUGCGCCGUGGGAAUACAUUUCCGAAUAGAAUGGGAGCGGUCGGUAACUGGUUGAAUUUUGGACGGGAGCGGGCCGUCUAGCAGUAUCGCUCCCGAUUUGAGUGAGCACACGUAUGUAUGUGUGUGAAUGAGAUAGUGUGAUGCUGUGUAUAGCUUUUUUGUUGUGUGUGUGUGUUUGUGCUUGGGUGUUUGCGUGGGAAUGAGAGAGGGAGCUUUGUCUGUGUGUGUGUGCUUGGUGCAUAUGUGUGUGUGUGUGUGUGUUUAUACAGACAGCUUGU